AUGAUUCAACUCGAGGGAAGCACUCGGGCGAACACCAGGGAGUGCGAUAUUUCACAUGUAUGGCUCUGUCUGAUUCAAUACCUGUUGUGCUGCCUCGACUCAUACCAUGUUCUAGGCAAAAGCAACCAGCCGACGGCCGGGUCGUUCGUGCGUCCAUCUCGAGCUGCGGACAAACCUCGGGGCUUUCUAGAGGCACUGCGUGAAAAGUACGCCUCGGAGUCGGAGCAGGUUUCCACGGAGCAGGGACCGAGGGGCGUUGCGUCUGGCGACUCUUAUCAGAAGCCGAUAGAGAUCAGCGGCAAAGUCGUUGAAGAAGUAGGCUUCGACAAGAUCCGAAAGCAACUGGCAGAGCUCCAGGAACUGCGGAUCGUGCUUCUUGACGGGCUGUGUCUUGCGGGGAUUCUACCAUAUGCAGCAGAACGAGAAGAACUAGAAAAAGCUCUGAUGGAGAUUCAACGGACUUGUCCGAAGAUUACAGGGCUCGACCUUGGUCGAAAUUUACUGACUAGCUGGACGGACGUCCAGGGUGUCUGUGACCAACUUAAGAGCUUGAAAGUAUUGAAGUUGAAGUAA